UGUCAUUCCUAACAGUGCAUACUACUAGACUUUCCUAAUAACCGCUGGUCGUUUACAUCACUAGUGAGGUGCUCUCUUAUGGCACAAAUCGCUAGCGAUCAUCCAAACCAACCACCGAGAAUCUCACAGCUUCUUCCUACCGUAAAAUGCUCCAGUUGCAUGCAAACAGUCCCGCUCGCAGAGCUCGGUGACCACGUAUGUUCGCCACAGCCUCCACCUACUUUACUGUCUCUUCAGAAACCGCCCAUGUCUCCAAAAUCAACAAACUCUCUUCUACCACAGAGGUUACAGAAUAUUCUUGUUUCUAAUAGGGCUCCAAUGCUACAACAGCAGACUUCUCGCACCCCGCCCCCUCAUGCUCCUCCUCCACCCAGGUCUUCCCAACAUGAUCCUUUUCAGCGAAUACCCCCGACUGUAAAUUUUAAUCUAGGUGCUAAACGCACCAACAGCCCAGCUACUCCUCCAAUCCCACAAUCUAUCCUUCUCAACGGAGGAACCUCCACUAAUACACCCCAUGCUCGAUCCCCGGCCCAAUCCGCUCCAGAGCGCGUCACUGCUCCCGUUCGAAUACCAAAUCCUCCAGGACCCACCAGGACCCGCACUCCUUCAAAUACGGGGAGCGCUAGUAACAGAUCACCCCUUGGUGUGACAUCUUUCCCCAAUCCCUUUGGAGAUGAUCUGUCGAGCGCGUCUGCGCCUAUAAUGGGUCGCCCAAGAACAGCAUCGUUAGCUCGAAGAGAAAAUGUACCCGUUAUUCCGCAGGCGCCGCUCCCACCGUCCAGGACACGAACGCCCUCGAAUGCUCCUUCCCACACUUCUAUUAUUCCACCGAGUCUCACUCCGCGUCCGUCAUUUGAUCGUUCACGCACAUCUUCUACUCUUGCACCUAGGCCAUCGUUGGAUAAGCCUCGCCCCUCGUUUGAUGCUCCUCCUAGACCUUCGUUUGAUACACGACGCCCUUCUUUUGACGUACAGCCUCCUACUGAUGUACGACGUCCUUCCUUUGACGUACCUCGACAUCAACCUCCUACCGACGCACGACGUCCUUCAUUUGAUGUUUCCCGUCCUUCACCAGACCGUAUACCUACCGGUCCAGGACCCGCACUGCAGCCUGCGUCAGUCCCUCGUCCACCCCGCAGUACUUCGGCCCUCCCUCCAUCAGCGGGUAUUCCCUUUCCGUCGUCUGCCCCUGCGGCUCAACGACCACCCGCAACCCGCUCGCCAGUGCCAGACAGUGAACGUAAUAUCGAUACGAAAUGCGGGGGUGCGGCUGGUAUGGCUGGCGUUGGUCGGAGGGGAUUUGCAGCUGUAGCACGAGCUGCGAUGGUUUCUGCUCAUCCUCACGCUAUGGAUGCAUUUCCUGUGAUGGACGGUCGUCGAGCAAAUGCUCCCAAGUAUCUGGACCUCAACACCACCAUGAACCAUGUCCUGCGAGCCGCAAUGACACCCCCACUCUCUCCGAACUCGGGACACUCUCAUUCCCCUGUCUCUCCUCAUCCCGCGUCGCCGUUGUCACCUGCUCACAACACAACACCAACCCAUGAGCAACCUUCUCAUGUUAAGGCUGAGGAACGGUUCCACUCACCAUCCCCAAACCAGAAACUCGCCCAUCUUUCGUCAUCCCCUGCUGAUAUCCAUAUUGUUACUCCGUCACGAUCACCCUCGCCCAUUUUCAAUCCUUUCUCCAGACACCUCAGUGGGGAAACUGUAAAUCAAUCACCGUUUUCAGCUGUCCCCGUUCACCUACCAUUUCUCGACACGUUUGAUAAGGGACCUGUAAACCGCAGCGGCGACGAUUCUGACGAGGAGAGCGUGUAUACGACGCAUACGGCGGAACCGGGGAGGGGUCCUAGAGGUGGCACAGAACCCAUGUCCCCGUACACUGAUUCAGAAGUGGGGUUGGCGUAUGCGGAUGAUUCUGACAACGACACGCCUGUGGUAAUGCCGCUCGAUAUACGCAAGUCAAAUGCAUCUGGGAUGAACAAGGUCCAGUUUCCAAGCGUCGAAGGUGGGCAUCCAUCUGUCUCAGGUCGAAAGCCGCCAUCGCGGAACGCUUCGGGAGCUUCGUCUGCUCCAACUCCAUCCACCUCGCGAACCGUCGAUGCCAGCUCCAUCCGCACGCGCAGCGCUUCGGCUGCAACCCACACGACAACACGAUCUGUUGGAGCAUUGGAACGUGCAAUGGAAACGCUGAUUGAGGAAGGUGCAUCCGUCUCUGUCCUCGCUUCAGGUUCAGUGCUCGCCUCAAUGGCUGGGCCCUCCGGCAGUCGCGGUUCUGGAAAGCCCAAUCGGUCCAACACAGUACCAGGCCCCGUAUCACCGGAAAGCAGACCGCCAAAGUUACCAGCACGGUCCUAUACGAGUCCGCAUCACCCACACAUUCAUUCCGAACGUGUAGGAAUAACGGGCCAAGUCGCGCGAGUACGGGAACGGGGCAAGGUGAAGAAGGACCGCAUCUGUGUGAACUGUGAUACGAAGGUCGACGAUGGGAGGUGGAUCCAGAUGGACGGCGGGAAUGUCUUGUGUGAACGAUGCUGGAAGAAUAUGUACCUUCCCAAGUGCCGCCGGUGUAAUCUUCCCAUCGAGAAGCAGGCCGUGUCGUCUUCCGAUGGUCAACUGAAGGGCAAAUAUCACAGGGAUUGCUUCAAUUGCCACAAUUGUCAGAAACCAUUCCCAGACAAGGAAUUCUACGUUUUUGAUGGCAAACCUCUAUGCGCAUACCACUACCAUGAGGCGAACGACUCCCUCUGCGCCGCAGUCUCGUGUGGCCAGCCUAUAGAGGGUCCCUGUGCAGUUACUCACGCAGGAAAGCGAUACCAUCCAGACCAUCUUCUAUGUGAGUUCGAGAACGGCUGCGGGGAGCAGCUGGCGGAGUACUGGGAGGUAGACGGCCAGAUGUUCUGCGAGAAGCAUGCUGCAUUAGCCGGGUGCAGCUGUGCGUCCUCGAGGGGCGAUAGUCCUGACCCGCAACGCAUACGCGACGAGGGGCGCGCGAGGAAGCGAAUGACACGAUUCAUCGACCUCGGGGCUGUAGAGGACGAGGACCUUGACAUCCGGUGAACGUGGACCCUGGCCCCUUACAUAUGCAUUAACCUUAUUCUUCAUUUUUUCCCUUCUUUUUCCUGGACUAUUAGCAACUGUACUCUCACAUCUUCCACAGGAUAUAUUACCCUUAUAUUCCCUUGCAAUUCAUAUACCACAUAUUUCUUUCUCUUGAUUUAUCUUCUCAAUUUUGGGACUUUACGAGACCUUUUUGCAUUUUCUCCAUCUCGUUCGUUAUACCAGAGGAUCAACACAAACUUAAGAUGGGGCUCCGUAGUUAGAAAUUUAGCUGCAUCACAAUUCAUGUACUUGCUGCGCGCCUCAUAGAUUGAAGUUGACAUUU